AUGGAAGAUUACUUCUCUGCGGUCCGCAAGAUGGAGCAAACAGUGAUGUUCCCCAGCGUUCUCCAGGGCGUCCCCUUGGAAUGGCAGGACAACACGCCUGAGGCUGACUCGGGCGGCAAAGAUCUGUAUGAUUAUUACACGCUGCUGAAAUCCAUCAAGCUGAUUGUGGAAGGUGGCCUCAUGCCUCUCAGUAACCAGAACCCUGAUGUUGCCAGCCGUCUGAAAGAACAGGAAGAGAAAGAGAAGCAGAACCCUGAAGGCUAUUUCUAUUACCACGUGUCCAGCUUGUAUCGUGUCCUCGCACAGCUGACAAGGAGAGCCAACGCCGUCACCUCCAAAUACAAUGAAAUUAUGGGGCAGAUUAACCAGGGCGAAAUUCAUCUCAGCUGA